UUAUUUAUACAGGAAAUUAUAAUUCACCUCAAACCUUCAAUUUGUCUGCUAUAUUCUGAAUUUUAAAUCUCAUUUCUUCUUCUUCUUCUUCCUCGUCUUCCCUUCUUUCUCUUUCCUCUUCAUCUGCCUUAUUCUCCCUAAAAAUUCCAUUUUUCGAUUUUUGAGCUUCAAUAAUAAUAACACCAAAAUUAUGUAAUUCGUUUUAAAAUCCCAAUUUGUCUUAUCUUUCUUUCUUCCAAGAAAUUCAACUUCAUUUCUUUUCCGAAACCUCUUUCAAGAAAUUACAACAAAAUUUACUAUAAAAAUCCAAUUUCCAUACUCAAUUCAACAUCUUUAGAUCAAAUUUCUUUGUGGGUAGUUUUAAUUUACCAUUUUCGAUCUGGUUUAUGGAAAAUUUCAUAACAGCUACGCCAAAAACUGUAGAUGGGGUUGUGGAAGAGAUUAUGAAGAUGCAUAAAACUCUUCCACCAAGACCAGACAUUGAAGAAGUUGAAGCAGCAAAAGCUUUGAUAAAUAAUAUAGAAAGAGAAGAUCUUUUUAAAUUAGAAGCCAUUGCUAAGCAAACUAAAGGUCAAGGAAUACCAGAAGAGCUUUUCUUUGUGUACCAAGAGAUGGAAAAAGCUUUAGUUCACUUUCAAAGUAAAGAACAAAAGAGGGAAGCGUUGAAAUUACUUGAUCUUGAGAGUACCCACAAUGUGUUCGACGAAUUGAUUCAGAGAGCUUCUGAAUGUGUUUCUCCUAGUUCUGAUUCGGGUUAUUCUUCUAAGGUGGCAAAGAAGAAAGAUUUGAGUAUUGGGGAAGGUGGGUCUGGUUUCAAAUCAAAUGAUUUGGAUGCUGCUCUUUCUUCCGUUGGUUCUAAGAGUUCGUAUAGUAUUGACACGAAGGAGAAUGUCAAGAUUCAGUUAUUUACAAGGGAUGAUAGUUACGUGAAGAAGGUUAAAGCUAGUGGUUCAACUUUUCAUGUUGACGGAUUAGGGAGUUCUGUUGACACUCAAUUUUUUGAUUCUACAAUCAAAAUACCUAAUUUUACACCCAACAUUUCAGUUCAAGAUGGUGAGAAAUUGAGUUUGAUUAAGCUAGCUAGCUUAAUUGAAGUGUCUGCUAAAAAGGGUAAUAAGGAGCUUAUCCUCCAAAACAAGUUGUUGGAUCAAGUUGAGUGGUUGCCUGAUUCUAUUGGAAAGUUAUCUGGUUUAGUCACUCUUGAUUUAUCAGAAAACAGGAUUGUGGCUUUACCUGUUACCAUUGGAGGUCUUUCUUCGCUAUCGAAAUUGGAUUUACAUUCCAACAGACUUGCUGAGCUCCCUGAUGCAAUUGGGGAUCUCUUGAAUCUUGUUUAUCUUGAUCUCAGAGGAAAUUUCUUGGCUAAACUCCCUCCUACUAUUGGUAGGUUGGUUCGUCUUGAGGAGCUUGAUUUGAGUUCAAAUAGGUUAUCUUCGCUCCCGGAUACUAUAGGGUCCUUAAUGAGCCUUAAGAAACUCAAUGCGGAGACUAAUGAUCUCGAUGAACUGCCCCACACGAUUGGGCAAUGCUCUUCACUUGAAGAGCUUCGAGUGGACUAUAACCGGCUUAAAGCCCUCCCUGAAGCCGUGGGGAAGAUUGAGACUUUAGAGAUUCUUACUGUUCGUUACAACAAUAUUAGACAAUUGCCUACCACAAUGUCAUCUUUAUCUAAGUUAAAGGAGCUCGAUGCGAGUUUUAAUGAGCUCGAGUCCAUCCCUGAGAGCCUGUGUUUCGCCACUUCACUUGUCAAGCUGAAUAUCAGUAACAACUUUGCUGAUCUGCGCUCUCUUCCAAGGUCAAUAGGGAACCUGGAGAUGCUUGAAGAGUUGGACAUUAGUAACAACCAAAUCCGCGUUCUUCCAGAGUCAUUCAGGUUCUUGUCUAAUUUGAGAGCGCUUCACACUGAUCAAAAUCCCCUCGAAGUGCCCCCGAGACAGAUUGCUGAAAAGGGCGCACAGGCAGUUGUCCAAUUCAUGGUUGAUUUUGUUGCAAACAAGGAUGUUAAAGUACUACCAAUCAAGCAGAAGAAGUCUUGGGCACAGAUAUGCUUCUUUUCACGGUCCAACAAAAGGAAGCGCAGUGGCAUAGAUUAUGUCAAGACAUCAUGAUUCAUUUAGCCGGGAAACAAAUACACGCUCAUCUGUUUGCUUGGCUGUAACCGGAUAAUGCAAUACGUUUUGGAGAUGGAGCAACGGACGGAGAGAUUGAAUUGAUCAUUGAUCAUUGAUGCAAAGAAGCAAAGGUCAUGUGAAAAUGGUUGUGAUGGAAAUGGACAGGGAAGUUGAGGUGUUGGUGGAGUCACAUGACCAUACAAGUAUGAGAUGAAUUCUUUCACAGUUCACAGCUUUGAGAAUUGAUGGGCAAGCUGUUGUAAACGUGCCACUGUCUCACUUUUGUACAUCUUUCUUUACAUGUAUUUUAUAUAAUCCACUUCUAUAUUUUCAUUAUUUUAUUAUAUAUUUAUAUUGUUUCUGGAUAUACUCGUAGACCUAUUUGAGUAUCUAUGAUAUUGUAAAUUUUCUACUCCUGUUCUUUUUAAAAAAGAAAAAAAAAUAUUGUUUGUACUUAGGAUCAAAUGUUUUAGGUUUAUAAUUGAAAUGGUUGUGCGACAGCGAAAGCAAGUUCGUUGAACAAUAAUAAAACAAUAAGAAAUUUAAUGCAAAAUAAGAAAUUGACACGAGAGAUUUAACGUGGUUCACUAUUAAUGUGAUAGCUACAUCCACC